GCCUCUUUCAGUGAGGUGGGGAGUUCCACAGAGGAAGCUCCACGCCCUUUACUUGAGUUCCUCGACGCCCGCGUACAAGAAAUGUGUAAUAUAUUAUACGUAUUUCUCAAGGUGACGUGAGAUGGAUCGUUAUUUCAAGAGAUUAUCUUCACUUCCGCUCUAGAUAUACGACAGGUUCAUUCAAAUGUUAUACAGGCAUGAACGCAGAAGAAACUCUGUGGUGGGGCUGGUCAGGACUCGCUGGAGGUUCCUGGGCUGCAGUUGUGUGUUUGGUCGUGAUCCUCGGCAGCGUGGUCAACUUCGCCGUCCUGGUACAUUGGUUCACGACGAAACCUACUCCAGAAACGCCCUCUGCUGCCCUGCCCUUCGUGGAUCUCCUCGUGUGCUUGCUGGCUGCGCCGUUACGGUAUGCGUCUAACGCCCCUUCCGAGAAGUUGUCUCCUUUAACGGCAAACGUUACAGCAGACCUACAGGAAGAUGAUGGCGGUGCCCUUCUCAUUCCCGAUCUGGAGGACGAAGUUGUAUUAUACGAGGCUGAGAAAAUCGCUUUCUAUGUGACUCAAGUUAAUGAUACAGAAUACGAAGAAGAAUCUCCAACGCCCCUUUCUUCGAGUGAUUCUAUACACGCCGUUGUCGUUUUCAUCUGCCUCGCUUCACUGCACGUCGUAGUGAUGGUUGCAGUGCAUCGCUUGGCUCUGUUGCUCAGAUGUUCGCCUACGGUGCUCCUUCCAUUCAGAAUGACUCCUCCGGUGUUCGUAUUACUGCUUGCGCUAGCGAGUGCUGGCGCUCUAGUUGGAAGUUUGCACGCAACAGGACAGUUCACAGAGCACCUGCCUCUAUUGGGUACCAUGAAGUACCCGGCUGACCUCUCCCCGUCGUCAGUGGUAGUUGGGUUUCUGUCCUACGCUGCAGGGCUGUGUGGAAUCGCCGUGUUUUGUUACGGAACGAUAAUCGCCACACUCCUUUAUCAGGGGAGGGAUCGGGCGGUCACAAAUUCUAGACAAGAUCCUCUGCCCCUUACGUCAAGCACAACCAGCAGCGUCGCCAUGCAGCAGUCUCCAGGAGAUGAGACCACUGUGCAGACUUACAGCGGGCAUGGCAGGGCCAUAAGGGCAUGUAUGACAGUUGUAUCAGUCGUCGUAACCCUGGCGGUAUGUUGGGCAAUACCAAUUUCCUUGGCAUUAUAUGCUCUCAUGACAGACACCCAAAUAACUCCUGCAUUGCCAUACAGCGAUAUCCUCCUUCUGCUAUCAGGACUCAUCCACCCUUUUGUGUACGGUGAAGGAUGGAUAGCGGUGGCAGCCUGUUACAAUGGCGUGCGUAAUAUGACCUCCGCGACGGCGUACAGAAUGGGCCUAACGAAACGCACGAGGACGCCCGUCCAUGCGACGGUUAGGGGCAGGAGGCUGCAACAAGAGGAGGAACCAAGGCGACUCCAGCAUCAAUACGUCAGCUACUGCUGCCCCUGCAGAGCGGCGUCUCGAAUCCCAGACACGCAGCUCUUCUCAGAGGCGGCGACCACUUUCGUCAACAGCUUCCCGCUCAGGCAUGCCCUCUCUCGCCAGGACCCCGAUCCAUUGUGACGCCCUUGUGUGACGCAAGAAUAUUGCCCUUCCAGUCCUGAAUGUAUGUCCUUUUGUAAUAAAAAGCAACGGAAAGUUAGAUGUCUUGUUACUCCUGGCACGUUGA